AUGCCUACAACAUUCAUUGAAGCUCUAUAUAUGGCUUGGGUCUCUUGGCCAGUAUGGACUAAAUUAGAGGUUCUCUUAUUUGCGAUCACAGCAUACAUUAUUGGCAUUAUACUAUAUCGCCUCUAUUUAUCGCCGCUAGCUGGAUUCCCAGGCCCAAAGAUAGCUGCAGUCACAACUCUAUAUGAGUUCUACUAUGACGCAGUUAAGGGUAUGAAAUUAUAUGAACAUAUUCAGGCCUUACAUGGAAUCUACGGGCCUAUUAUUCGGAUCUCACCACACGAGUUGCACAUCGAUGACCCCGAUUUUUACCGCACCCUGAAUAGGAAGAAUAACCUUGAUAAAUGCCCACGUUAUUACGCAAUUGCAGAUACUUUGGUGACGACGCCUGAUCAUGAAAGACAUUAUCAUUGGCGUGCGGGCGUUCAAUCAUACUAUAAGUCCGCAGCCGAACGCUAUGAGCCGAUUAUCUAUGGGGUUGUAAAGCGCUUCUCCCGAGGCUUAACGGACAGUGUCAAUCUUUCUAGUGCCUUUCGAACCUUGACAUAUGAAAUCAUAUGCCGGGUAUAUCUUGUGCCUAACCCAGAGGGACUUCUUGCGUCCGAUUUUGCAGCACAUCUUAAUCGCUCUUUUGGACAAUUUAUUAGAAUCAUGACGUUGCUACGCCUUUUGUUUGGACAUACGAUAGCUAAUUGGAUUGGUGGAGCAGGAAAUGUGGGGUUUAAACUGCUCGCUUUAUUUCCAAAGCGUCUGCAUUAUCAUGUCACUGGAUGGUCAUUAGAGAACGAGAAUUCGAUUGUUCAUUUACAGCAGAAACUUGCCCGCUUAGUGAUCGACCCUCUUAUCUCCUCCGAAAGCUUACCAGAUGAUCCUAUGUGUCCGAUGUUGCCUGCAAUUUACGCCAGUGACAAAGUUCCUCCGGAGGCCAAGAAAAGGUCUUCACUGCUUCCUGAUACCUUGGGAGUUGUACUGGCAGGGACUGAAGCAACAGCAAAUGUCUUGGAUACGAUCAUGUAUUACUUACUCAAGGAUAAAGAAAAGCUAGAACGGCUCCAAACAGAGCUGUGGGAAACAUUACCAGGCAAUAGCGAAAACGUGGAUUUCCAGCAAUUGAAAGACCUACCCUAUUUGCAUGGCACUAAACUGACGGCCUCCCUUAGGCUUGAAAGAGGAAGCGAGUUUCGCACUCCUAGGAUAUUACACGAACCCCUUUGCUAUAACGGCCAAUUUGUUAUACCGGCUGGUACAUCAAUCAGCGUAACUCAGAAAACGUUACAUGAUAACCCCAAAAUAUUCGAAAAACCUAGUGAAUUCCAGCCAGAUAGAUGGCUCGAUGACGACAAAAAGCAGGCAAUGCUGGGAUAUCUUGUGCCAUUUGGUAUUGGACAACGAUCAUGCCUAGGAAUGCAGUAUGUUCUUCUCAACCCUACAAGCAAGGUCUAG